CACACACUCUCUUUCUCUCUUAUUAUUUUCGUUUUGGUUUGUCACUUCUCAGCAAAUCUCUGAUUAUUAAAUUUGAGCUCAACGUAGUCGGACGCAUCUAAAAGAAAUUUUUUAAAAAAAGAUCUAAAUCUCGUGUUAACGCGUUCUUAUUUUUCUUAUUGUCAUUUUUUCUUUUACAUUUUUUAUUCAUUCAACCAAUUAAAAUCAAAAACAAAUAAAGUUGACUCAAAAGAAAAAAUAUAAGAUAAGAAGUGGCAAAUAAUUGAAAAAUUUCUAAAAAUUUUAAAUUUAUUGUGAUGUGCUAAAGAUUUUCUACCACCAUAGUGAAAAGUGAAGAGGUGUGCAGCCCAGUCUUAAGCAAAAUUAGUGCGUAAUUUUCUUCAACAAAAUCCUAACGGCAAUUGGAGUAAGAAGUCGUCAUUCGUGUGGCUGGUGGUAUUCUUGUGAGCUCUUUGGUCUUGCGAAAAGUUCACAACAGCUCUAAAUUCUAUUGUUCAGAAACUGUUACUGUUAUUGUUAUUUGCAACAAUAGUUCACAGCUGUCACCAUUCGACAACGACAGCACUUCUACUCAGUCCGCAAGCCAAACAGCCAGCCAAUCCAAUUCAAUUUCAAUGAAAAGGAAUUUUCACAAGGACAUAUUAAUAAAAUAACACCGACGACACGAUAUCUACUAUGCAAUACACUGUCGUCAACAUUAUUUCAAAUUAAAUUGUGAAUAAUUACUCAAAUAAAAAAAGCAAUGGUUUAGUGAUUAUUAAAUGCUCAAAAUUAAAGAGAAGUAGCGAAAUUGCAUAAGUUAGCAAAAGGCUAAUCGUAUAGAAAUUUUUAAUUACAAUUUAGAACUUGAAAUUGUGAAUCUCGUUAUUGCUAAAAGUUGAAAAAAAAUUUAACUCAGUCAAAAAGAAAAAAAAUCCAAUCAAAAUUGCUUAAGCUCGGAAAAAAGAUCGGAGAAAGAAGUAAAAAAAAAAAAUUAUAAGCGAUAGAAAAAUUCCCAAUUGCCAAGGAGAGCCUAUGCUGGCCAUAAAGGAAUCUCCUGACAAAAAAAAAAACCCAAGGAAGAUACAGCAAUAAAAAAUUGUGAAAAAAGUAGUGCUGCACGUGAAUUAUAUGCUCUUGAUUUAUGUCAACUCAAAUAAAUCGCAUUGUAAAUACGGAAAAUUGACUUUUGAACGAAACAUCUCUCUCCCAUGACGUCAGCAGCUGAGUUUUAUUGACUCUUAACUGCGGCUAUUAAUCUUUUAGCCGCCUCUUCUCUACACUACACUUGGUUUCUAUCAUCACGACACGUUUUGGAGCUCAAUAGAACUUUGGCAUCGACAGCUUCGGCAUCAGCAACACCACCUACAUUGUCCAUAGCAGUAACAGCAGCAUCAGCAGCAGCAGUAACACAGCAACAUGUUGGAUGAUGACAACAAUGAUUUGUUGGCUUCGGCUUCAGAAAUACAACGAAAUCGCCUAUAUUUUGUGGCUUUCAAGAAGGCCUUUAAGCCCAAGAAUACCGCUACCACACACUACUUCAGCAUAGAUGAUGACUUUAUCUAUGAGAAUUUCUACAAUGACUUUGGACCGCUCAAUAUCUGCAUGCUCUAUCGAUAUUGCCAAAAGUUAAAUGCCAAAUUGAAUAAUAAGACGCUGGCCAAUAAGAAAAUUGUCCAUUACACAUCAAUGAAUCCGGCGAAAAGGGUAAAUGCCGCCUACUUAAUAGGAGCUUUUUCGAUUAUCUACUUAAACAAAGCACCCGAAGAGGCCUAUAGGCCUCUGGUUAUGGGUGAAAUACCUGCCUACACACGUUUCUGUGAUGCCUCCUAUGGGCCUAGUGGCUAUAAAAUUUCUCUUAUAGAUUGUCUCAAUGCCGUCUCCAAGGCUAUGAAGGCAGGCUUCUUCAAUUUCGAGGAUUUCGAUGCUGAGGAAUAUGAGUACUAUGAACGCGUUGAGAAUGGUGACUUCAAUUGGAUAGUGCCCCAAAAGUUCAUAGCAUUCUGUGGACCCCAUCAGAAAUCGAAAACACUGCCCAAUGGCUAUCCUUGCCAUUCGCCCGAGACCUAUUUUGAAUAUUUUCGCAGCAAUAAUGUGACAACCAUUAUACGCUUGAAUGCCAAGGUCUAUCAUGCCUCCAGCUUUGAGAAUGCCGGUUUCGAUCACAAGGAUUUGUUUUUCAUAGAUGGCAGCACGCCCAGUGAUUUGAUAUUGAAGAAAUUCUUGCAAAUCUGUGAGACAACAAAGGGUGCCAUAGCAGUGCAUUGUAAAGCUGGCCUUGGGCGCACUGGUAGUUUGAUUGGGGCCUAUAUCAUGAAACAUUACAAUUUCUCGGCUCUGGAAGCCAUAGCCUGGUUAAGAUUAUGCAGACCGGGCUCAGUCAUAGGCCACCAACAGCAAUGGAUGGAAGACAAACAAUCUUGGCUCUGGUCCGAGGGCGAACGCUUGCGCAAGCGCACUGGUGCUCAUACCCCCGUUCACAAAUAUGGCAUUUACAGCCUAUUGUAUAAAAGUUGCCCCCUAACUGCUGGCCAGUUACUGGUUAAUGAGAACAACACUGAACUACUGAUGACUCGUGUCAAGGGCAUAUCACAAAAGGUGGAUACCAUGCAUUUGCAUGAGGAUCAAACGGACUCCAAUCAAUUGGACUCCUUGGAUUCCUAUGAAAAUGGUAAUAAGCCAACCACAACGACAACAACACCACGUUCCCGCAUUUUGAUGAGUAAAGAUGGUGCCAUUACACCGCCCACAAGUGCCAGUGACAAUGAUAAUGAUGUCACCGAAACUGAAGAGGACUCUACGACCUCCAACAUCAACAGCACUUUCAUACUAUCGCGAAGGCGCAAGUCGCCCAACUUAGUUGGUGGUCAUAAUAAAACAAUGCUCGCCGCAAAAGAGGCUGUGAAGUAUGGCAUGUCGCCCUUGGGUGCAGUAAUUUUGAGCAGCAUGCGUAGAACACCGCCCAUUAAUAACAAUGAACCCUCAGCAACAAUGCUGAAUACCUCCACCAAUAGCUCACAGUCUACGGGUAGCAGUGCACCUUUAUAUUCGGAAAAGAAAUUGAAAAAGCCUUCAACUUAUGAACCAGCCGUAGCUCUGCAAAGGCCAACAAUAGCUUCGUCGGUUAAAAUGGCCCAGGUGGCCCUAGAGAAGAAAAACGCUCAAACGCAAGGCGAUAAGUUGAAUCAAAUCAAGGCUAUGCGUCGUCAACAUAACUCAAGGUCUGGUGGGGCCAAUGUAGAAACUGACAAUCCACUACGUCAUACCCGUGCACGUUCUCAACCGUUUCGCAAUAACAACAACAUUGUUAAUAUGUUGCCAACAAAUUCAGCACCAACAACAGGUGGACAAUUUUUGCCACUGGGGGGACUUGUCAAAACGACCAAUGACAAUUGUGUGGUGGCAACAACGGCUGCUGUAACAACAACUGCAACAACUAAUAAUCUAUUAAAUAAUAACAACAACAACAUUAACAAUAACAAUCAUUGCAGCAAUAACAAUAAUAAUAACGCCAACAACAACAACAAUAACAUUAUUAACAGUAGUAGUAGUGUUGGGCAAACAUCAAAUACUACUGGCACCAAUACCAUCACCUCAACCACAACGGCCACGGGUCUUAACAAUUCAACCAUAACAACACGAGCACGAAGUCUUGCUAUAUACAGUAAAAGAAUGGGCCUUAUGCAUUUGCGUAAAGCCGAACAACAGCAAAUUGCCCAUAAUGUCACUGCCGUCCACAACAACAAUAGCAAUAAUAAUAACAACAACAACAACAAUACUACGGUAAUGUCCCAACUCAAUCCCAGUGUGGCUGCUCCCACCCUGAGCAGUCUGAGUAAGCAGACCAAGACCUAUCAAAAUACCUUAAUCAGUUCAGCAACGUCCAGUGGGGGGGUGGAGAGCAAAAUACCCAUAGUGAGAGCGACUGCAGCCUUGAUUGACCUAAAUGGGGCCGCGCUGACGGGGGGCAUGGCAGGCUCAUGUGCCACCAUACCACCAUCGAGAAGCUCUAAUCGUUUAUCGUCCUGUGGUGGCGGCAGUGGGCUUACCUCCACCCAUCAUAUGACCUUGAGAGGUCGUUCACGCAUACGCUAUCACAAUCGCCACAAUGAAGGUGGUGGGGGUCAAGCAGCCGCUUGUACCAUAACCACAGCUCGUUAUUACCGCGAUGUUUCAGCUUUACCUCAGGUUUUGGGUGGCGGCAGUGGUAAUGGCAACGGCAACGGAGGCGGCUCAGCUUGUGCUGGGGGUCUAACGACACGUUCAUCAUCGGCCAACUUGGAUUUGAAUUCGAAUCCUGUAGUGGGACCAAUUCCCUGCUCCUCCUCCUCCUCCUCCUGCUCCACAACAGCGGCAAAUGUUACAUCCUCAAGCAGCCCUACUGGGAUGGGGGGCAACAUGAACAACAACAACAGUAAUAGUAACAGCAAUAACAACAACAAUCGCGGCAGCAACACCAACAUUAGUAGUUGUAGUAAAUUAGAUGAACGCCUCGGUCCCAUCAUUGGCCAUAGCAAAUCACCACCAACAUCAUCCUCCUCCACUUGUACAGCUACCUCAGUUUCGGCCAAUCAUUCAAAUUCCUCCUCAGAUGCAGAAACCCUUAAGUCCAACACUACCACAAACAAUACCAAUACCAACAACAACAACAAUAACAACAACAACAAUACAAAUCGUCUUAGUCGAACAUCACAGCGUUCACUGGGGGCAGCCUCUUCAUCCCAUAUACCGGCAUGUAGCAGUCCCUAUGGUUCCUCUUCAUCGCCUUCGCCCUGCAGUGGCGGCGGCGGUGGUGGCGGAUACAUUAAGCGCAACAAAAGAUCCUUAAGCAGUACCCGCAUCGAGAAGGACAAGUGUGAUGAAUAUAACAACAAAUUGCUGCGCAAGACCAACAAUCAGCAAACGUCCAACAACAACAACAACAAUGUAAGCAGCUCUGCAACUCCAUCUGUAACCACCAGCAGUCAUAAUACUACCACCGGUGGCGGUGGCAGCUUUCGCUCACGUUAUUUGCGGCACACCACCUCUGGCCAUUUGGUGGAAUCCUCCACAGCCUCUUCAACCUCUUCGGCCUCAACAUCGGGCAUACCCACGCCCACCGGUCAAGGUCUGUAUAUGCCCAGGGGGAGUGGCAAAUAUGGCAGUGGUGUCAUGAGCUCUGAACGCGAUGCCCAACAGCAGCAGCAGCAGCAACAGCGUUUGUCCUUGAAGCUGCGUAAGAAAAUAAGUUACUAGAAUUUGGGGUAUUUACCUAUUCGUAGGUAUAUUCGAAAAUAUGAACGUUAUAAGAGAUGGAAAGCAUGUAUAAGAGAAAUUAUGUGAAAAUAUUAAACCCAAGGGCCUCAUUGCAUGAUUUCAUGGCUUAGAAGAAAGUGAAUUUUCAAAAAAUCAGAUGUGUGAGAACUAUGUGCUAAGAAAUUAUUAAUCGACAACUUCCUUAUAAAGUUAAAAAUGAUUAAUAAAUCGUUUAUUAAUCAUGGAAGUGUAAACUUCCUAUAAGGAUUAUGUUCUAAGAAUGCGUAUCUAAAAGUGUAAAACACUUUUUAUUAUCAUGCUUUUAAUACAUUUAAAGAAAAUUUUAACUUUUCCCAAAAAUGGCCAACGCAAUGUUAUCGAUUUUAGACAAAAGUAUUCGUGUUUGUAAAAUUUUGUAUAUUUAUGCAUUUAUCGAUUUUAGACAAUCGAAAUCGAUUUUAAGCAAUAUUUAUAACAAUGGGCCUGUACUUUUAGUUAAUCUAUGGAUAGAUAUUACCUACCGGACAU